CCUGGCAUUGCAUGGCUCCUCCCCGCGGCCACUGGGUCCCAUCUCCCGGCUCCUGCUGGCUGCCCAGUGCAGAGUCUCCAUCAUAGUCCAGCACUCAUCCUCUGAGUGCCGGACCCACGUGCACUGGUCUCCGCAGGCAGUUGCAACUCCCACCUGCCGGCCCAGCAAGCUCCACUCCACUGCCGAGGUCCUUCAUGCGGCUACUAGGGACUGCAUUUCCAGCCGCAGCAAUGGCCUCAAUUUUGCUGGCCGCUAUAACUGCAGGCCACCUCCUACAGCUCCAGAGAUGCUCUGCUCUGUGACCUCUCCUCACCUCUGCUGGCCAGACUAGAUCCCAUUGCUGCCUGCUGGGGAGAGAACCAAGGCAGGACCUGCACCAGCUCUGGGACUACCCAUCCAACUGAGAACCCCGGCCUAGCCUGUGGGCCUGCACAACCAUCACAACAGAGGAUUUCCCUUUGCCGAGGCCUCCACUGACUUCCUAUCACCUGAUGGUGUCUGAUAUCUUACCUCUAGAGAUUCAUCCAUCUUUGCUAUUUUGGACUUGCAAAAACAUUUUACCACCCAAGACCAGAAUUUUGUUGUUAUGCGGAUAUAAAGUUUGGACCACUUAUGAGAACAUGGCCGGUGGCGAUGAGGAUUUAAUCGGCAUUCCAUUUCCUAACCACAGCAGUGACAUCCUAUGUGGACUGAACCAGCAGAGACACGAUGGGUUACUCUGUGACGUUAUCCUCGUCAUUCAGGACCAGGAGUAUCGGACGCACAGGUCUGUGUUAGCAGCCUGCAGCAAGUAUUUUAAAAAGCUUUUCACCACGGGCUCAAUGGUGGAGCAGCCGUAUAUUUAUGAAAUUGACUUUGUCAAGCCGGAAGCCUUCUCCGCCAUCUUAGAAUUUGCCUACACAUCAACACUCACCAUCACAACGUCCAACUUAAAACACAUCCUUGAUGCGGCUGAGAUGUUGGAGAUACAGUGCAUCAUCAAUGUGUGUCUGGAAAUCCUAGAGACGCCAAGAGAUGGGGAGGAAGAGGAUGAAGAGAGAGAAGAAGACGAUGAUGAGGAUGACGAUGAGGAGGAUGAGACAAAAGACUUGGUGAACCAGGAAAACCAAACAAAACUUCAGGAAACCAGUUGCCACCAAAGUUCUCCAUCGUCAGAUCAUCCGGAAGCUGGAUACCAUGAAACUCAGAGGGACAUCCCAACCCAUUACUCUUCCACCAACAAUUCUUCUGCCCACCAAAGUGCUAUAAAAGACUUCUCGAUCGAGUCAUUGUUAAGUGAAAACCCGUACCCCAAAAACAACAUGGUAGACAAAACCCCGACCAUCUCUCAUUUUGUUCCUGGCUUUUUCCCCCAGCUGUGGAACUCAGAUUUGGCCUUUUCACAACUUCAAGAGCAGCAGGUAGACAUUGGCCCUCUAGAUCUUGUGAUCAAGGACAGGAAAAUUAAGGAGGAGGAGAAUGAUGAGAUACCAACCCUCCCAUUUUCCACUGAUUUCUUCAAAGACAUGUUUCUAGAACAUUCCUCUAAACACUUGGGGCAGAUUAAAGCAGAAAUGGACUACAGCACCUAUCUCAGCUUUCUAAGUGCGGCUCACUUGGGCAUGUUUCCACCAUGGCCUUUGGAAGAAGAAAGGAAGAUAAAGCCAAAGGCCUCUCAACAAUGUCCGAUAUGUCACAAGGUCAUCAUGGGUGCUGGAAAACUGCCACGGCACAUGAGGACGCACACGGGAGAAAAGCCAUACAUGUGUAGUAUAUGUGAGGUCCGCUUCACCAGGCAGGACAAACUGAAGAUUCACAUGCGGAAACAUACCGGGGAGAGGCCUUACCUGUGCAUCCACUGCAACGCCAAGUUUGUCCAUAACUAUGAUCUGAAGAACCACAUGCGAAUCCACACAGGGAUCCGGCCCUACCAGUGCGAGUUCUGCUACAAGAGCUUCACCAGGUCCGACCACCUCCAUCGCCAUAUCAAGAGACAAAGCUGCCGGAUGUCCAGGCCCAGGAGAGGGAGGAAGCCAGCGGGCUGGAGAACAUCCAGUCUAUUGUUUACACACAACAACCACCCAGAAGAUGAGAGCUUCAUGAUGAUACCGCCGAGUCUAGAGAACAACAGCAACCACGUGCCUGCUGGGGCCAUUUGUCUACCAGGACCUAGUCCAAAGCAACUACUUGAAGAGCCAAGAAACAUCCUACAUUUGCAAGACUUGGAAGCACAAUAUGAGGAUUCUCCUCUGAAGCUCCUGGAGAGAGCACGCCUGGAAUCGGACAGAAACGGGGGGCUUUAUGCCUUUUCUUUGGCACAUAAUGAAAAUAUUUCUCCACAGCAGUUCUUUCUAGGCAGCGAUCCUUGGAAUAUGACGUUGAACCAUGCACCGCUUGCUAAAACCAAUACUUAAAACAGCAUUAUCUGCCAUAUCAUCAUCGACACACACACUGGAAGCAAUCAAGAUUUUCUGGACUGAACCACCCUUUAGGCUGCAAACUACAGCGGUCACUGAGGUAUGAGGCACCAAGUGCUUCAAGCCUCAAUGAUGUCACUAGUUCCUCUUGAAUUGAUAGGCUGGACACAAGGAUAGUGGCUCAGAGCACAGAAUGCCUCGUUUCUGUCUGUCGGGGGGGUGAUGAGGUCCACCUUAACGAAACACAAUUGAUGCCAUUGACCCUUGUAGAUUAUUUUCCUUUUGUAUACAAGCUCUAUAAAAUUGUAUUGUUAUUUACAGUCGCAGAAUCAUUCCAAAGAUACUUAACAGGUCUGAUACCCAUAUAUGCAUGUACAUUUUUUUUUUUAUACUAAUACACUUUACCUUUUUGAAUUUGGUAAGACCUGGGGUUGUAUUUGAAGCACUCUGAAAAUAAAAUAAAAAGUAAUUUAUUUUUAUUUUAAAGACACAAAUAUUUUAAAUCGUGUCUGCCCCUGGGAAUGAGUAGGGGGCUAGUUAAAGUUUCGAAGAACUUGACACGAAAGGUUGAUCCUAUAUAAGCUACGUAUGAUACAUCAACACUACACAAACCAAUCAUAAAGAUUGCAUAUGCACCAUUAAGUUGAACGAUGUAGAACAUAAUUAUUAAGACACUGUUUUCAUCCAGUGGCAUUAUUUUUUCAGCUUUAACAUAGGCUUUAUGUCAGAAAACUUCUUUGUUAAAUUGGACUUUGAUCGUAAAUUUCAAGUGUGUCUUUGAAAAAGAAUUGAAAAAGAAUUUAUAAAACACACGGAGAAUAAUAACAUGUUUUCAACUUGGAAUUGUAACAUUAUAUUAUAGCAGAUUAUUACAAAUUUCCUAUUUUCCCCUUUCAAUGGAGCUACAAUUACUGCAUUGGACUGAGACACAGUGUUGGGUGUUCCGGUUGAGGGGAACUGCACGUGAUCCAAUGUGGCCAGCGUAUAAUUACUCACAUGGUGGCUCACCGCGCUACUUUCCAGGGUCUACCGGACUGUCGCUAUUUAUUCCCAGAACUCACCCCUUGACACAAAUGCAUUCUCACAUGCUUUACGAUAUCUGCUGUUCUAUAUUGAGGCCCGUUUUGUACAUACACUGCUUGUGGUUUUCUGUAAGAUUUCUGUGCAAACAUUUUGGAGUACGACUAAAAUAUCCAAAGAUGGCGAAUAUUGUUUGAUGUACCAGAACUUGAAAUUAUGUAUGAUUUGUCAUGCCAAAUUAUUUUUCUAUUUAUAAAAAUGUUUCUGUGUUAAUGUAAA